UACAGAUCUUUAAGACUCUUCCCAGCACUGCGAGUAACCAUCUAUGGUCUACGCAAGAAAGUUUCAUUGAUACUUACCAGUUCCAUUGAAGAAAGCUUGAGUUAGUCAGAGUUCGUCGCUAGUUCGUCAGGUUACUGCUCCUAAACAUGAUAGCCAAAACUAUCGCGAUUUUUCUGCUUGCCGUUAGUGCGAGUGCAGAAAGAGAUGAAACUUGCCCGGGGAUAAAAUCGAGGAACAACUGGGGCGCCAGGACUCCCACGACCGUCACCUACCAGACCUUUCCCGUCCCCAAUGUGAUAAUCCACCACACAGUCACGCCCGUUUGUACAACUUUCAGGUCUUGUGCAACUCAAGCAAAAAGCAUUCAGCGUUAUCACCAGACGUCGAAAAAAUGGCCAGACAUUGCGUAUAACUUCCUGGUUGGAAAUGACGGAAAUGUUUACGAAGGCGUAGGUUGGCAUAAAGUAGGAACCCACAUGUCAGGAUAUAAUAAAAAUUCGAUUGGAAUUGCCUUUAUUGGUGAUUUUAAUGACAAACUUCCUUCACGGGCAGCCAUGAAAGCGGCAAAGGAUUUGAUACAAUGUGGGGUGCAACUUGGUGAAAUUAGCGUUGAUUACGACUUAUACGCAGCAAGACAACUUCAGAGUACUGAAAGUCCUGGAUUAACACUCUACGCUGAGAUUCAAGACUGGGAUAACUGGAAGGCCACACCAAACAAAUAGAACAUAUAUGUCUAUAUAUAUAUAACAGUAUACUUUUAUUUAUAAUUUUAUUUAUUGUAUUUAUUCCUAUUGAGUAACUAUUAUGGGUUGUAUUGUUUCUAAUAAAUGCGUUUGUGUUCAAAA